GAAAAGCCGUUCACAUGUACAGAGUGUGGAAAAGAUUUUACAGAUAAGAGGUAUCUGAAAAGUCAUGAAAGAAUUCACACAGGAGAAAAGCCGUUCACAUGUACAGAGUGUGGAAAAGAUUUUACACAUAAGAGGUAUCUGAAAAGUCAUGAAAGAAUUCACACAGGAGAAAAGCCGUUCACAUGUACAGAGUGUGGAAAAAGUUUUACACAAAAGAGUAAUCUGAAAACUCAUGAAAAGAUUCACACAGGAAAAAAGCCUUUCACAUGUACAGAGUGUGGGAAAUCUUUUACAGUAAAGAGUGAUCUGAAGAAUCAUGAAAGGAUUCACACAGGAGAAAAGCCUUUCACAUGUACAGAGUGUGGAAAAUAUUUUACAGUAAAGAGUGAGCUGAAAAAUCAUGAAAGGAUUCACACAGGAGAAAAGCCGUUCACAUGUACAGAGUGUGGAAAAUCUUUUACAGUAAAGAGUGAGCUGAAAAAUCAUGAAAGGAUUCACACAGGAGAAAAGCUGUUCACAUGUACAGAGUGUGGAAAAAGUUUUACACGAAUAGAUAGUCUGAAAACUCAUGAAAGGAUUCACACGGGAGAAAAGCCGUUCACAUGUACAGAGUGUGGAAAAAGUUCUACACGAAUGAAAUGUCUGAAAACUCAUGAAAAGAUUCACAAUGGAAGAAGUAGUAAAGUAUCCCAGGACUUUGACUCUGAUGAAGCUGUCUAA